AUGGAGUGAGGUUCGAUGAAAUCUCUAUUUUUAGAACUGAUUUCCAUAACAGAGCUAUUCUUCCGCGUAAAAUCACUUCCGCGAAGUCUCCGGAUUCCACUGGGGGGAUUGUUGCUCAAGAAGAGCGAGGUGGUUCGCCCACGGAUUCUGAAGCCUCGUCUGAAAACAGAAACUGGCGAAAAGAAGAGACAGCUCGAUGCGACGGAUGGCGAUCUUCGGAGCCACUUCCGAAGCUCGGAAGAAAUGAGCCGGUCACCUUUUCGCUGUUGUUUGUGACGACGAAGAUACACGUUCGGGAAAUCGACUCUGCCGAACUGGCAGAACAUGUGAAAGCGAUCGGGUAGGAAAAGUUGAAGAUGGUUUACAGUUUCAGUUAAAUUCUUCCAGAUUUGACGUGAAUCCGGCCGAAGUUACUCCGGUCGGAAAGACCGAUGGCGUGGGACAAACCGGCAAAUGCUUCGCAUUGUUCACCGCGGCACCAAGGGUAAAGGCAUAGAUCCGCAACAUUUUGGAGAAGGCCGACUAUCCGGAGUCUGCAGUCGUCAGAACCAAGUAAGUUUGGCGACGAAAGAGCCAAAUAUAUGUUCGUCGCGAUGCACGUGCUCGAUAAGCGCGAUUCUCUGAUGGCCUCGUAUCUCCACUGUCUCCAAGCGUGAGUUUAGCCAAAAAUCAUGUUUUCCGGCUUGUAAUAGCCAAUUCCAAUGAAAAAAUCAGAAAUGCCACAAAACGUACGAUAUUUGCAGACAUCUUCAAGAGCAAAUGCCGGACAAGGACGUCUUGUUCACUCCCAAGCAGAUCCUCAUCAGAUCGGAGAACGGAAGGACGACGGCGUAUGACAAACUGAACAUAAUUUUCGAAAUUUUCAAGGAAGACAUACUCGCUCUGAGCGGACUGAACACGAACGGAAGACGACUCAUCCAGUUCAGAGCGAACAAGACGGAUGUGGCGGGGAGUAGGGAAAACAAAUGCCUUUUCAUUGUAUUGUGUAUUUAUCGAAUUGUACAUGUAGGUGUGAAUACGUUGCUUGUAUAGAGUACUAAAAUAAUUACUCGUAUUGCACCCUUUAAAUGAACGUUUAUCUGAUUCCAAUAGCUUCGGAUGCUUCAACACUUGACCUUUUGCCAAAGCCACAGAAAGAAGAAGCUGCCACGCCCACCGAUUAGGCUCGGUGGCCGUUCAUUUUUCUCUUUUCUUCCUCUGAUUCGACGUUAUAGAAAAGUGAUGAAGAUUACAAUCGCCAAGAAAAUUAAUAAGAUCUACUUUUUCAAGUCCUUCACACAGAGGUAAGUGUGCCUUUUUGGUAGGUCAGAAAACGAUUUAUUACGCGUGUUGUCGCCCUUAUUUCACCGUAAAAGCGUGAUAGAAUUUUAAAGUUUAGGGCUUUUUAAUGCUCAGUAUAAUAAUAAUAAUAAUAUAAUAAUGAUUCUACUUUUCUUGUGACUCUUCAAGAAACACCGGGUGCCAGUAAUCCUGCUUUUCAGAGGUAAGUUAUCCGUUUUGUAUUAUAUUUUCGAAAUGGAGAAGAGAGGACCGCUGAAAAAAGUCAUGAAGUUGCCUAUGCUGUUUGAAUUUUGGCUAGAACCGAUUGAAUUGAGUUUGGGAUAA